AUGUGGAAGGACUCCAGUCAUGAUGAGGUCCGGCCUGCGGCCUCUGGCGGCGGCUCGUCUCGCAGCGCCAGCCGCAGGAAGAGGACCAGCUUCUCCAAAGAACAUGUCGAGCUUCUGCGCGCCACCUUCGAAACCGACCCGUACCCGGGCAUCAGCCUCCGGGAGAACCUGUCCCAGACCACUGGCUUACCAGAGUCACGCAUCCAGGUUUGGUUCCAGAACCGUAGGGCCCGCACCCUGAAAUGUAAAGAAGCAAAAAAGGCUCUGUGGCUGUCCAGCAGCCCCCAUCAUGAUGCUUUCUCUUCACCUCCAAGCGUCGCCAGCAGCGGGUCAUCGGCGCCGCCGAUGCCUUGGGGGCCACCGCCCACCUACCCAGCACCCGUCAAACAGGAAAUGGACAAAGCCUCCUACUACAGCCAAUGUCCUCCUGGUUACUCUCCCCCUGAACAAUACAGAUCCUUAUUUGGGCUUCAGAGUAGCCGCACCAGAGAGUCCAGUCCACCCAUGUGGGGCAUGCGGCCCCAGCCCGGCACCCAAACCUCUCCUGUCCCCCCUGUGUGGUGCAAAACGUUGGAGAUGAUGAGCUUCGCCGCCAACGGGUCAAACGUCUCGUACCCGGAGCAGCAGAUGUACAGCAACUCCUCCUCCAGCUCCCUGUCCUCCACUCCAAACACGCCGGACUCUGGGUACUGGGAUGCCAACGCCAGGAACAACCCUCAGCUGGGAGGUCCGUACUCUCAGCUGGAGAAGUUUUGGACCGGGACGGUUCCGGAGGAGAGCGGCGAGCCGCAGCACCAGAGGGCGGCCCAGCAGGCCUUGCUUCCUGUUCUGUCCCUGCAGGACAUCCUGGGGGAGUUAGAGGAAAACUGGCUGGAAGGAGAAACUCUGGAGGGUUGUUGAUGCUGGAUCAGUUCAGAUUUUUGGACAUUUGGACAUUUAUUUAUAGCUGCAGUGUGUAACUUUUAUGAAACAUAUUUUUUUACAUACUUAUUAAAAAUGUUACUAUAUAUGAGACAGAUAAUCUUUGGAUAAAUCGAGCUUCUCUCCCAGUGAUAACUAGAAACAACCAAUCAGAGCCAGGAGGCGGGUCUUAGCGCUAUCAAUCACCCUUCCCACUCAACCCCUUGCUUUCUGCAGCUAAUAGAGAAUGUCAUAAAGCUCAGGCUUGUUAGCAUGACCACCGAUUUUGGUCGGUUUUUUUGUAAUGGUAGCUGUUUCUCCGCCAUUAGCACAUUUAGCAUUGCAUACAUGAGAGAUUGAUUGAUAGCGCUAAGACCUGCCUUCUGGUUCUGAUUGGUUGUUAUUGGUUGAGAACGCCGCAGUUCUUCACUUGGUGACAGUUUUAACAAAUACUCUUUAUAAAAUUCACAUACUGCAGCUUUAUAGUUUGUGCAGCUUUAAAAGAAAUUUACGUUUUGUGUUUAAAG